AUGGAAAAGCAAGUCGCAUUGAGAAUGUUGUUAACCGUGACGACUCUAUGUUUCUUUUCUUUCUUCUACAGUGGAGUCCAUGGAACUGCUUCUCUAGAGAUUGAUAUGAAAUUAAAGGCUCUUAACAAGCCUGCAUUGAAGACGAUCAAAAGCGAAGAUGGAGAUAUAAUAGAUUGUGUGGAUAUCUAUAAACAACCCGCUUUUGAUCAUCCUGCCUUAAGAAAUCACAAGAUUCAGAUGAAACCGAGUGUGGAACUUGGUUCAAAGGAGACUAAUAUUCCAUCAGACAGUUCUCCUAAACCGGUUACAUCCAAGAUUUGGACCAAAUCUGGUCAAUGUCCGGUAGGGAAAAUACCGAUUCGUAGAGUUAGUAGAGAAGACAUAAGCAGGGACUCCUCACCAUCUAGCUUUGGAAGAAAACCUCCUCACAUAUACAAAACUUUAGACAAAACACACCAACACAAGACUAAUAGCAAUUCAACAACUGGAAAACACAAAAUCCCCGCCCGGAAAACCAUUCGGUAUAUAUGUUAA